GUGAAAAACAGAGACAUGUGAUGUGAGCCAUACAUAACAAGAAGCCGAAAAAAAACAAAACAAAAAUUACAACACGUUAUCUUUCAGACCGCUCCCCCUCCUAGUACCCUAAAACAGCAAGAAACAGACUUCAAUUAACACAAUAACACACAGAGGAAAAAAAAAGAUAAAAAAGAAAAAGGAAAACAAGGUCUCUUCUUCACUGCACCACUUGUCCUCAACGUUUUCACUAUCUUUAGAUUCCUAUCUUUUGCUCAUAUUCAUGAAUAGGGAGAGCUUUUUUCAUUUCUAAACAAUCCCUAGCUUUUAUUUUUUUUAUUUUUUUUCCCUUUCGAUAUAUUUCUUUCAAUGGGUUGUGUUAGUGAUAAGCGUUGGGAGUCGUUUCCCGAUAUGUUCUCCGCUGGGCUAUCCCUAAAAGAAACACAAGAUGAAGAGAAAGAAGCUAAAUUUAAUGCUAAGUUCCCUUUUGAGAAGGUGUUUCCAGUUUAUGCAAUGAGCCUUUCUAAGCCUGACACUGACUCCAUUCUUAAUUCGGGUCGUGACCCAAUUUGGGAAGCUGUACGAGAGGAGGCCAAGCUGGAGGCAGAAAAGGAACCUAUUUUAAGUAGCUUCUUGUAUGCAAGUAUCUUAGCACAUGAUUGUUUAGAACAAGCAUUGGCUUUUGUUCUUGCCAAUCGUCUACAGAAUCCUACUCUCUUGGCAACUCAACUUAUGGAUAUAUUUUCUAAUGUUAUGAUGCAUGAUAGAGAUAUUCAACGAUCAAUACGCCUGGAUGUGCAGGCAUUCAUAGAUAGAGAUCCUGCUUGUUUAUCGUAUAGUUCAGCGUUACUAUACCUCAAGGGAUACCAUUCUCUGCAAUCAUAUCGAGUAGCUCAUGCCUUGUGGAAGCAAGGGCGAAAUGUGUUGGCACUGGCAUUGCAAAGCCGGAUUAGUGAGGUUUUUGGAGUUGACAUACAUCCAGCUGCAAAAAUCGGAGACGGUAUAUUAUUGGAUCAUGGGACUGGUGUUGUUAUUGGUGAAACAGCAGUUGUAGGAAAUCGUGUUUCAUUGAUGCAUGGUGUGACCUUGGGUGGGACUGGGAAAGAAACCGGUGAUCGCCACCCAAAAGUUGGUGAUCUUGCACUACUCGGUGCAUGUGUGACCGUACUUGGGAAUAUAAAAAUAGGUGAAGGUGCAAUGAUUGCUGCUGGUUCCCUUGUACUAAAACAUGUUCCUCCUCAUAGUAUGGUAGCAGGUACACCGGCACAAGUAAUUGGAUCCAUAGAUGAGCAAGAUCCAUCUUUGACAAUGAAUCAUGAUGCUACCAAAGAGUUCUUCAAACAUGUAGCUGUUAGUUUUAGAGAUGGAAGAUCCAAAUAAGCCAAGGAAUGAUGAGGAAAACAAGGAUGGUGGACAUAUCAAUAUCCUCCGCCAGUUGCAGCUGUAUGUAAAGAAAAAUAAGAGUAGAAUGGUGAAAGUACCAUGAAAGCCCUUAUACUAGGAGUUGCAUUGCAUUUUGCUUCUUCUACUAAAAAAAAAGGCAAAUUAAUCCUUUGGAGUUAGAUUAAAGAGUAAACUGGUCAUUCCGUUAAAAAUUUCAUUCAUUUUUGCUGUUAAAAAUUAGUUUCUGUAUGUAAGCAUGAGAUACACGUGGCACGUAAUGUGUCAUUGUUUGAUUAUUUAUCAAUCAUGCCAAUUUUUAACUAUAAAAAUGGAUGAAAGUUUUAAUAGAAA